AUGGCAGCGGCGCCCGAGAGGUCCAUGUUGAAUAAUCCAAUGACCAGAGGGCAUGCCAGCGAUGAGCAAUUAAUGUUGUUGCGGUUUUUGAUCAAACAUAGAAAAGUUUGUAAGUUUCAUUACUAGUUUUAUGUACUUUAGGCGGGCGUUUGUUUGCAAAUGCGGUUUGGAGUCCGGUGAUUUAUAAGUGUGAUGUCACUUGCAAGGAGAAUGAGGUUUGCAUGGAGAAUGAUGACUUACAACAAAAAUGCUCCAAGUGUAAGUAUUAAUGACUUGUGGAAGCUUUAUACGUAUUUUACCAAAACUGUGAAUUCAUUCGAAGCUUUCAAACUUGACUUUACGCAUCUUGUUUUCCUUUACGGAUGGCUCAGUAAAAUUCGCGACGAUUAUGGCUAUGAUAGUGAUGACAGUAUUGUCUUGCAUUCGGAGAGGUUUAUGAGUUCAUCAUUUAAUAGUAUUACAGUGGCGGACCUGAUCCACUGGCAAAAAACCUACAAUUUUGCAUCCGGGAAGCAUCAAAAAUAUGGCAAAAUGCUUCCCUCUCCAAGUGAAAAAACUUCGUUUUGAAGGGCCCCUCACAAAAAGAGCGGGCACGCCUUUGAAAUCGGAGUUUUCUCACUUGGAGAGGGAAUCAUUUUGCCACAUUUUUGAUGCUUCCCGGAUGCAAAAUGGUAUGUUUUUUGCCACUGGGUCAGGUCCCCUACUGUAAUACUAUUAAAUGAUGAAAAUAUAGACCUAUCCGACUGAAACACAAUCCUAUCAUCACUAUCAUAGGCAUAAUCGUCGCGAAUUUUACUGAGCCAUCCGUAAAGCAGCAUAACUUUGCAUUCCAUUUUUUUCUAUCUUAUUGGAAUAUCUAUGAGCCUCGAAAAUUCCACUUACUACCAUUUUUUAGCCAAAAAAUACCUUCACGAAGGUCAAAAAUGAGCUUUAUUAUUUAUACCUCUACUAUAAUAUCAAAAAUUAGCAAAAUCUUUUAUUUCUACCCUCUCAAAAAAAUAGAAUAAUCCUCAUACCGUCUAAACUUCGUUUUCAGUACCUCCCGCCUGCAUUUCCGCCUGGAUGAAGCGCCGUGGACGUCGUCCGCGAAGCGCAAUGAGAAGUGAUUGGGUCCGAGUUCGCUCCCAAAUGGGCCCUCGCCAACGCAUGAUGCUCAUUCGAAACUAGUGAAAUACGAAGUUUUAGGCGGCAACCACCUAUUUGUACAAAAUUGUUGUCAUUUGUUUGUAGAGAAUACCUGAAUAAAAAAACUAUUUGACUUUUCAACCCUUAAGAAGGGGGGUUUUUCUCUUUCUCUUUUUUCAUUAUCAACGUUUGAUCUGUGAGCAAACACACACGAAAAAUCGGUGGGUGGAAAGGCAGAGAAGAUCUGAUUCCAUCGUCCGUUCCAGCAACUUUCCGCUCCGGGCUUCUGGAAAAGCCCUUUCAAACCAGACUCCAAACCCUUUUUUAUCUGUUAUCAACCCUAUCUCCGACUUUUGUCAAGGUAAUUUCCAAACUAUUUGGUCGAUUUUAGGACUACAGUGACAUUCAAGAGGUCUUGAGGGAGUCGUAAAACUUUUAGAGCAAAUAAAAAACAAAAAUUUAUAUUACUAUUGACCUAGCAAACUAUCUUAUCAAAUGGGUAUUUUUGGUGUCAGCUGUGAUAAAAAGAGCCCCUCCUUAAUAUGAAUCACUUUGUAGAAAUUUAUGUUUCUUGUGGGAAAUAGCCCGCAUCAUGUGAAUUUAGCUUCAAAUCUUGGGGAUUGGAGAGGAUUAAACGGCUUAAAACUGGGUUAACGAGCCGUUUAAGGUCAUCUGGAUGUGGUUUUAGGCGAGACAAAGGCCCAUCUAGGACAGUUUUUGGGUUAAGGUAGUCGGAUUUACAGAAAUCUGACGAAAUUUUAUAUUAUACUUGCUAGCGAGAUUGGAAAAUCGUCUAAAAUAAGGCAAUUUUUGUAAAUUUAGGCCAAAAUUGGCUGUCCAAAGAAGAAUCAGAGCUGUUUCUGGAACUUACUAACUAUUACUAAAAAAAAAUCCGCAAAAUUUAUCGGAUAUUACACUAAGAUCUGACCAAAUCCCGACCAGAUCUGACCUCAUGACCCGUCACUGUAGCCCUGAUCUCCCGACCACCGAACAGUUCGCAAAAACACACGAGACUCGACCUUUUAGAGGAGUGUUUGCUCUCUCCCAUAAACAUGUACCCAUCCGGUUCCAUCCACUCCAACCUCCCCCCACCUCCAGUUUCAGCCAAACCCCGAAACGACGGACCCAAUUCCAGUCUGCCCACCUAUCGCUCCCGGCCAUCGACAAUGUCCACCACGACCAGCGGCUCGAGUAGUAAGUGUUUGCUCUUGUUCGCGCGCGACCGCCGCCAAUUAGCGAGAAUUAGAUUAACUCCUUGUUAUUGUUGUUCUGGCCGCAAUGUUCGACUUCAAAGUCAAAGGUAAAGCCAUAAUAUAUAUAGCUAAUAGAGAAAUCAUGUGUUCGCGAGCCUCUUGAGACCUCAAAGAAACUGUCUUGUUUCAAUUUUCGGCAGGAACAUCAACUUUUCCGUAUAGUUGUCUAGUAGAAUGUUUCACAAGUUUUCUCUAAAAGUCAAAAAGAUCCCAGAUAAUUUUGUACUUACCAAAUCCAAGCACUUGUCUCUUCCUUUCUUCUUGAGGACGCGAACAAAAAAAGUGUUUUCUUUCCCGAAAAAACGUCAGAAUUAGGUCAAGACGACGGAUUUUCUCGAAAUGCCCGAAAAAAUUAUCGGAUUUUUUUCAGUAGCUGUUCUUCCUCUCUUCCAGACAUUUUUCAUUGAACAUUCACGUUUAUAGCGACUUUUCAGUGUUUUCCUCCUUCAACGAGAUUAAUUUACGACAUUCGGAAAUUAUAUUAUCCAUGAGCAAUCGGAUAAUUGUUUAUAGACGCCCUAAAUCUCAGAUUUUAUUUGUUUUCCAAUUCGUACAGCUCAUCCAUCUCAUUUUAGGCUUUGCGGACGCGAAGAACAUGUUCGAAUCGCUGAAUAAGAGCUUCAAUUCGCAGAAUGUUAAAUCCGGGCUGACCAAACUCGCGAAUAAUCCGUUAGCCCAGAAAGCGGCGGUUACCUUGGCCAAAAAUGAUCAAGUUCGUUCUGUGGCCAUCAAUCAAGCUGCCAAGCAGGCCACGGGCAAGAAAGCGGAUCCAUUCGCCGAGAAAAUAGCGCACGGUGCGAUAUUGAACAUGGUGAAUGAGUUCGAAAAUAAACCGAUUAUGGGGAGGCCGGCUGGUAAGAUUUUGAUUUCUUUCUUGUUGAUUUUUAGAGAAGAAGAUGAUAAGGAGUAGAUGAACAACCUUUAAGAAGAUGUAUCAAGCUUUCCAUCGUAUUAUUGUCCGUUUUCAGACAACCCCCAGUUGUCCAAGCCCGCUCCUCCGCCGAAGCCCCAGCCGGCCUACAAAACGCUCACGGCGAUUGACCCUUUUGAGUAUCCGCCCGUAGUGCCUUCUGCUUCGGAUCCACGACCUCCUUCAUACGGCUGGAACACCAAUUCUGACGGUGGGUCUAAGAGUGAGUGUUGUUUUGUGAUUCGUCAUGGUGUAUAUGUUGUUUCUGCAUGUUGCGCUCCGAUUUGAUCUUCUUUUUUUAUUCCCAAUUCAAUAGGUAGUUUUUUAGAGCCCGCGCGACCUCCUCCACCGCGAGCAUCACAGAAUUCGACACCCACGGAAUUUAAUUCGGGCUGGGGAUCAACUAGUGCACCUUCAUUUUCAUCAUCCAACCCGUCCUAUGGAUCUCGAACAACCGAACCUCAUGCCGUGGUCCGAUACCCAUAUAAGGCCGCACAUUCUGACGAACUCUCAUGCGAGCCCAACGAUACGGUCAUACUGAAAAAUGCAGUUGAUGAUCAAUGGGUUCAAGGUCUGAAUACGAGAACGGGAGAAAGUGGAAUUGUCCCGUUGAAUUUCUUGGAUAUCAUGGUGCCGUUGGCUCCGGCUAGUAAUGGGUUCAGUGCGAGCGCAGGUUACGGUAAUUCGAGUUCUGGAUAUGGAGGAUCUUCUACUGCAACAUCACCAUCAGGAGAUAAAGCAGUCGUCCGAGCCCUCUAUGAUUAUCAUUCCGAUGUAGAAGGUGAUCUAAAUGUGAGUUUUCACUUUUGUUUUUGUGUUCUUGACGUUUAGGCAUCAGAAUUGGGUAUUUGUCAUCAAAAGUUGUCAUGGAUAAUGUAAAUUUAUCUUCAAUUUUUAUUUUCUUUUGUCGGAAAUAGUAGAUUUUUACCUAAAUUAGAGCAGAACUUCUAUCCUUGUCAUUUUUAUAUAAAAAUUCAAAAAAUUUUAUUCAACUUUGUCAUGGAUAAUAUAAUUUUAUCUCAAAAUUUUUUAUUUGAAGUGUAAAUCGAUGUAGUUUGAUCUGAAUAGAAGUAGUAAUGUAUUUUCAAUUUUUUUUCUGAGGCUUGGACAACAAAAAUUUACCAUUCUUUAUCAAGAUUUUUUAUGGAUAAUAUAAUUUUUCCCUUUUUUCAGUUCAAUGCUGGAGAUACGAUCGCAGUCCUCGAACAGUGCAACGCUGAAUGGCUUCGGGGACAACUCAAAAACAAAUUUGGAAUUUUUCCAAUCACUUUUGUGGAAUUUUUGACCGGAGGCCCUCAAACAUCAGACUCCUCGUUGUACAAAGUACAGGCAUUAUACGACUAUGUUAGCUCAGUGGCAGAGGAUUUGAAUUUCAAAGCGCAUGACGUCAUCGAUGUGGUUGAAGAGCAAGGCCCCGAAUGGGUAAAGGGCCGUCUAAAUGGCCAAAUCGGCCUGGUUCCCCUCACUUAUGUCCAAAAAAUUUAA